AGGAUCACGUGGGCCCCUAACUUUGUUCACUUGACAGUAAGUAGGAGGGCUUUCGGAAACAGGAAAACGAGUCAGGGGUCGGAAUAAAUUUUAGUAUAUUUUGUGGGCAAUUCCCAGAAAUUAAUGGCUAUGAGUUCUUUUUUGAUCAACUCAAACUAUGUCGACCCCAAGUUCCCUCCGUGCGAGGAAUAUUCACAGAGCGAUUACCUACCCAGCGACCACUCGCCCGGGUACUACGCCGCGCCCCCGCCUGGGCUGUCCCCUCGGGCUCCUGCGCCGCCACCUGCCGGGGCCCUCCUCCCGGAGCCCGGCCAGCGCUGCGAGGCGGUCAGCAGCAGCCCCCCGCCGCCUCCCUGCGCCCAGAACCCCCUGCACCCCAGCCCGUCCCACUCCGCGUGCAAAGAGCCCGUCGUCUACCCUUGGAUGCGCAAAGUUCACGUGAGCACGGUAAACCCCAAUUACGCCGGCGGGGAGCCCAAGCGCUCUCGGACCGCCUACACUCGCCAGCAGGUCCUGGAGCUGGAGAAGGAAUUUCACUACAACCGCUACCUGACGCGGCGCCGGAGGGUGGAGAUCGCCCACGCGCUCUGCCUGUCCGAGCGCCAGAUCAAGAUCUGGUUCCAGAACCGGCGCAUGAAGUGGAAAAAGGACCACAAGUUGCCCAACACCAAGAUCCGUUCUGGUGGCACCGCAGGCUCUGCAGGAGGGCCCCCUGGCCGGCCCAACGGAGGCCCCCCAGUGCUCUAGUGCCACCCAUGGGGAGCUGAGAACCUCGGGGCGGGUGGGCAGUGAGCGCAGGUUGGGGGGAACGGGAGAGCGGGAGGAGGCCCUGGGGCCUGCGCCCAGAACAACCUAUCUAUCCUCCCCCCACUUUAUCUAUAUGCGAAUAAAUGCGAAGGAGGGGGAGGAGAAGCUUUAUUUAUAGAAAUGACAAUAGGGAGCCUGAGUGAGGCCCUCCCCCCAGAGGAAGGUUCAAGUCUCUUGCUUUCUUCCUUAAGAAAAAAAAAAAAAAGAGAAAGAAAGAAAGGAAAAAGAAAAAGACAGAAAGAGAAAUAGGAGGAGGCUGCAGCUUCUCGUUUUCUGCUUUGGAGAAGAUGGAUCCACGUUUCAUCUUUAAUCAUGCCAGGCCCAGGCCCAUCUGUCUUGUUUACUCUGCCGAGGAGAGGACGGGCCUCGGUGGCGACCAUUACCUCGACACCCGGCUAACAAAUGAGGCCCAGUUCGGCUGCUGCCGCCUCUGCUGCUGCCACCGCUGGAAGACAGCUUGGAUUUUCUCUCUUUGUCCCCACUCCUGACACCCCAUGAAAGCACCCUCUGACUGCCAGAUAGUGCAGUGUUUUGGCCACGGUAACACACACACAACCUCCCUCCUCUUCUGUGCCGACUCACCGGGAACAAUGACUGCUUACCCCCUUCCACCAAAGGGCUGGUGGUGGGGCAAAGAGAAGGGGGCAAGUGGAGGAGGGGGCAGCCUUGACUACAGAGGAGCAGGCAGGGAAAUUGAGUCCAAGACAUUAAAAAAGAGAUGGGAAGAGGGAAGGCCUUUCUCUGGAAGGUCAAGCCAUGCCUGGCAGGGCGAUGGGCCAGUUGAGUCCUGGGAGCUGGGCACCACCCUCUCACCAAACCAGAGUUGUACAGCAGAAGCCUUCUCUCCUAGACUAAAAAUGAAUGUGAAAGUAGGAAAUAAAAUGUGCUGCUCCCAGUCUGGGAGGACGAUCUCGCAGAGCCCUGUCCCAUAGUUUACCUAUUGUUGUAUCUAUCGUUUAUUAUGAUGAUGAUUAAUAUUAUUAUUAUUACUAUUAUUUUAUGUCAUGUGUGUCCUCUCUCCUGUUCUUCUGACAUUCCAAACCAGGCCUGUUCCUACUUCUGGGGCUGCCUAAGUCUAGAACGCUUCGUUGACGUGAAAAUUUGUGUCCUGUACAGUGACAAUAGAAAUAAAUGUUUGGUUUCUUGU